AUGGAUUCUGCAUGUACUAAAUCUUUUCCACCUCUUCUAGACUACAAGACAGAGAAAUAUGUGCUGACUAAGAACAGGAAGAUCGGCAUACUUCAUCGCCUGCUUCAUCUUGCCAUUUUUUGUUAUAUUAUUGGGUGGGUGUUUAUUGUAAAAAAGGGAUACCAAGAAACUGACUCUGAUCUUCAAUUCGCUGUAAUAACAAAACUCAAGGGAGCUUCAGUCACCAAGAAUUUCAAGGAAUUUCAAGAAAGACUGUGGGAUGUAGCAGACUUUGUGAGGCCUAGUCAGGGAGAAAAUGUUCUAUUCCUAGUAACAAAUUUCAUCUCAACACCAGGACAAGUGCUCAGCGUGUGUCCCGAGAGCCUAUCGAUUUUAGAUGGCAGAUGUGGUGAAGACUUAGAUUGUGCUCCAGGAGAACCUGUGGUGAAUGGAAAUGGUAUGAAAACUGGGAGAUGUGUAAGGUUGGACAGUGCCCAUUCCACUUGUGAGAUCUAUGGCUGGUGUCCUGUAGAGAAUGCAUCCUCAAUUAGGAAAACUCCUUUAAAAGAAGCAGAAAACUUCACACUUUUAAUAAAAAAUUCAAUUUAUUUUGAAAAAUUCAAUUUUUCAAGGGCAAACACACUGAAGACAUCAGACAAAACAUAUUUUAAAAGCUGCAAAUACGAUCCAGUCUCCAGCCCAUACUGCCCGGUCUUCACAAUCAAAGAGAUUAUAUCAAAAUCCAGGCACAGCUUUGAAGAACUGUCAUUCCUGGGUGGUGUAAUUGGAAUUGACAUUGAGUGGAAAUGUGACUUGGAUCUCCCACAAGAAGCUUGUAUACCACAAUACUCUUUUAGAUUGCAAGACAAGAAAAACAACUUCAGAACGGCUACUUAUUAUUGGGAUCAAGGGAGACGUGAACGCAGAGACCUCCUAAAACUCUAUGGGAUCCGCUUUGAGAUAUCUGUGACAGGACAGGUACGAAGAUUUGGCCUUGUCCCAACAGCUGUAAGUCUUGGAACUGGCUGCGCCUUCUUGGGUACAGCAACACUUUUGUGUGAUCUGAUUCUCCUGUAUUUGGACAGUAAAGCCAAAUUCUACUGGGACUGUAAAUAUGAAGAGGCUAAACCACCUAAAGACCAACAACCUUCAUAAACGAAAUAAACAUGAAUGAACAAAUAUGAAGACAGAACUAUGAUAAUAUGCACUUAUCCUGAGGCCUUAAGAGUUGACUGAAAUGCACAAACAAAUUUACAUUAUCCUGAAAUCCUGGAUCAUUCAUCAUAGGGUCUUAUGGGUCUAUUUACAAAGACUUGGAG